AUGGAUUUGAUUUUAACAUGCAAUGAAACCUUAAAUAAGAAUAAUAUGCAUCCAUUAGAGGUUUCAAACUCUGAUAUUUUAGAAUUUCAUGAUGCACCUGACUUCAUCUGUAGUUCAAAUUCUCAUAUUUCAAUAAAUGAGUAUGAAAUGCAACCAAUUGCAAUAGAUAUGGAUUUACCAAAUUGUUUAAUCGCAAUCAAAAAGCCGUUACAUUUAGAGCAAUUGUCUGUAGAUUUACACCAAGACAAUUUAGAAAAAAAUGGAUUGAAUUUUGCCGAAAUAUCUAGUCAACAUCAUAAUGAUAAUAAUCAAGUUUGUGAUCAAACUUUGAUUAACAUAGUUAGUAAAAAUCUGAUAGAAGACAGUGAAUUUGGGGCAAGCAAAAAUCUACAUGAUUCUUUAAAUAUUCAUUCAAUCAAUAUUAAAGAUCUAAAAUUUCCUCGAAAGAUUAAGUCACGAGGAAGGCCUAAGGCUAAAGAGAGAAAAACUGCAGUGGGUUUAUCUAGAUGGAAAAGAAAGUGUUUAUCUUAUAUUGAUAAAAGUGUAGCCGGAAAAAUAAGUGUUCUUUUGGGUGGUAUUCUCAUGAAGAAAAAAAUAGAAGAUGUUACGCGUGAAAUGCAAGCAGAUGUGGGCGAUUUAGAAUUAAAGGCUGGCAAUCUUCCUUCUGCAUUUUUAAAUGAUGGUUUUACAAUAGAUAUUUUAAAACCAUAUUUAACCAAUCUUGCCUGGAAUAGCCUGCAGAAAUCAAUUUUGCAGCAAAAGAAACUGGGCGUAUGGAAUUGUCCGUUAUGUACUUUAAAUACAGCUUCCAGUGAAAGCAUUGAGUGUGAAAGCUGUUUAGAAUGGUUUCAUUUCAAAUGUCUUAGCAUUUCAAAGAAGCCAAAGAAGGAGUGGUUUUGUGACAAAUGUCAUAAUAUAUUAAAUAAAAGCUAAUAAAAAUUAAACAAACAAAAGAAAAAAUCUAUAUAUAUAAUUUAAAAAAAGAAAACUGAAAAAAGAAAAUUUAAAAAAGAAAAUGUAUAAUG